AUGGUGAUGUUAAAAAAGGGGGAUCACUUCUGGAUUGACUCCAGUAUUGGGGUCCCUAUUGGAGGGUAUGUGAAGGUCUCAGCCACUGGACAGUGUUGCCUGAUUGAUGAUGAAGGGAAGGAGCACUAUAUCCCAGAGGGGGAAAAGGCUAUUCUUAAGCCUAUGCACCCCACCUCAGUGGAGGGUGUGGAUGACAUGAUCCGACUGGGGGACCUCAGUGAAGCCGGUUUACUCAGAAACCUGCUGAUGCGCCACAGACAGAGCAUUAUAUAUACCUAUAUUGGCUCUGUCCUCGUGGCCAUGAAUCCCUAUCAGAUGCUGCCCAUCUACACGACAGACCAGGUGCACCUGUAUCACGACCGUAAACUGGGCGAGCUCCCACCGCACAUCUUUGCUAUCGCUGACAGCUGUUACUUCAACAUGCACCGCAACAAACGCAACCAGUGUUGCAUUAUAAGUGGAGAAUCUGGUGCAGGAAAGACAGAAAGCACAAAACUGAUUCUUCAGUUCCUGGCUGCUGUGAGCGGGCAGCACUCCUGGAUAGAGCAGCAGAUCAUCCAGGCCAACCCUGUCCUGGAGGCCUUUGGCAACGCCAAAACCAUUCGGAAUGAUAACUCCAGCCGCUUUGGGAAAUAUGUGGAGGUCUGCUUCAAUAAAGGGGGCGUUAUAGAGGGAGCUCACAUGGAGCAGUACCUGCUGGAGAAGUCUCGUGUCUGUCAUCAGGCACCUCAGGAAAGGAACUACCACAUUUUUUACUGUAUGUUAUCUGGGAUGCAAAGUGACCAUAAGAAGACUCUCUCUCUUGGUGAUGCAUCACAGUUCAAGUACCUGACUGAGGGUAAUUGUUUGACAUGUGAUGGUCGGGACGAUGCUGAUGAGUUCGGACGGAUUCGUGCUGCUUUAAAGAUCCUCACUUUCUCAGACAGGGACUGCUGGGAAAUCUUCAAAUUACUCGCUGCCAUUCUCCACAUGGGCAAUAUCGACUUUCAGAGCACCACAAUGAAUAACAUGGACAGCUGUGAUGUCCUGUCAUCCAAUCAUUUUUCUGUUACUGCCAAGUUGCUGGAGGUGGGUGAUGCUGUUCUUGAUAAGAGUAUUACCCAUCGCUCCUUCAUGACAAACCGAGAGAUAGUCACGAAACCCCUCAGCUCAGAGCAGGCCACAGCCACCAGAGAUGCUUUUGCCAAGGCCAUGUACGGAAGGCUGUUUGUUUGGAUGUUCACAAAAAUAAACAGCGCCAUUCACAAACCCCAGACUGAUGAGUCCUCUUGCACGCGCACGUCCAUUGGUCUGCUUGACAUUUUUGGCUUUGAGAAUUUCCCUCAGAACAGUUUUGAGCAGCUGUGCAUUAAUUAUGCCAAUGAGCACCUGCAGCAGUUCUUUGUGAGGCACAUCUUUAAGCUGGAGCAGGAUGAGUACAGUAAAGAAGGAAUCUCAUGGAAGCGCAUCGCUUUCAAUGACAACCAGAAAACCCUGGACCUGCUGGCCAUUAAACCUCUCAACAUACUGGCUCUGAUUGAUGAGGAGAGCACCUUUCCUAAGGGAACAGAUGCCACAAUGUUAAACAAAAUGAACACAGAACACAAUGGAAACAAACUGUACAUGUCAUUCAAGGGCAACCAUGGCAUGAGUUUUGGGGUUAAGCACUUUGCUGGGACGGUUUAUUAUGACUGUGAAGGUUUUUUGGAGAAGAACAGAGAUGCCCUUAGCAUGGACAUCUUGGAGCUCGUUCAGAAAUCUUCCAACAAGCUGCUCAAACUGAUCUUUGAAAAGGAGAUGAAUACAAACUCAGCCAAGAACAAUAACAAAAUCAACAAAAUCAUCAUGACGCCAAAGAACUCAUUACGACAAGUAAAUGAUUCGAGGCGGAAUAUAUCUACUCUCAGUGGCCAGUUCCGUCAAUCUCUGGACUCUCUGAUGAAGGCCCUGUCUCUCUGUCAGCCCUUCUUCAUUCGUUGCUUCAAACCAAAUGACAAAAAGAUGCCCAUGGUUUUUGAUAGAAACCUCUGCAUGCAGCAACUUCGCUACUCUGGAAUGCUAGAGACCAUUCAAAUACGCAAAUCGGGAUAUCCCAUCCGGCACACCUUCAAAGACUUCCUGCAGCGCUAUCGUGUACUCCUUAAGAGCGUGGACUGUGACCCCAACACUGAGCCCGCUGCCAACUGCUGUGCAGCCAUCUGCAGGGCUAUGAUCAAAGACGAAGAGGACUGGAAGAUUGGCAAAACCAAAAUCUUUCUCAGGGAUCAUCAUGACUCCUUCCUAGAACUGGAGAGAGAGCAAGAGCUUUACAAGAAAGCACUUAUCAUCCAAAGAGUGAUGAUUGCCCAUAAGGACAGAGCAAAUUUUGUAAAGAAGAGGAGGGCAGCUCUGGUUUUGCAAAAAAACUGGCGUGGCCACAGAGACAGAAGAGAAUUUUGCAAACUCAAACAAGGAUUUACUCGGAUGCAGGCAAAAGUGCGCAGUCGGCAGCUCCAUACGGAGUAUAUUCGCAGACGGGCUGCAGCCAUCACUCUGCAAACACAGACCCGUGGCUACCUUGCCAGGAAAAACCUGAAACGCAAAAAAGAUGCAGUGAUACUCCUGCAGACACAGACCAGAGGCCUGCUAGCCAGGAAAACCCUCAAGAGAAUGAAAACAGAUGCGUUUUUGACUGCACAAGAAAAAGAGGCUCAAGAACGUAUAGCUUUGGAACUUCAGCAACGCCUAGAGGAGCUGCUCAGAAAAAAUGAGGAAGCUGCCAAAUCCCAGAAAAAGGAUGAUGAGGAAAUGGUGGAGAAUAUCUUUGGCUUCCUUCCGAGCGCAGUAGGAGGACAAGAGGGCCCAGCUCCUCAGGGUUUUGAGGAUUUAGAGGCAGAGCCGGUGAAGUUAGAAGAGGUUGAAUUAGUAGAGAACCCUGUAAGGGAGAGGAAGAAGGAGAAGGAGAAGGAGAACGAUGAGUUCUCUUUCUCUAAAUUUGCAUCUCUACACUUCCAAGGAUCUUCUACCCACUCAUAUGUCCAACAGAGAUUACGACAACCCCUGCUCCACCAUGAAGAUGAAGGGGAUACCCUGGCUUGUUUAACAGUAUGGUGGAUCAUACUGAGGUUUAUGGGAGAUCUUCCAGAGCCGAAGCAAGAACGUGUUUCUGCUAUAGCCGACCCCAUUCAGAUGAACCUUGGUCAGAGACAAGCACGGCGACUCAGUAACCUUGUUGGAUUAGAUCAGAAAUUUUUGAGAAAAAAAAUGAAGCAACAGAAGGGGACAGGGAAAAGAAAACACUCAACCAUUCCUGAAGAAGAGCCAGAAGAAGAACCAAAACCUAAAAUGCAGGCUGUUCAGGAGGAAGAGGAUGUACUGUUUGGAGAGAGAGCAACUUAUGAUCGCCCAAUGACACCAUUGGAGAAAUUGCAUAUUAUUGUAGGAUAUGCUAUUGUACGACAAGAUAUAAGAGAUGAAAUCUACUGUCAAAUCCUUAAGCAGUUAACAGACAAUAAGAACCACAAAGGUGCAAACAGAGGCUGGACUCUUCUGUCCAUCUGUCUGGGUAUUUUUCCCCCUUCGGACCGCCUCAGUAAGUACCUGCAGAGCUUUAUACGCCAUGGACCAAGUGAAUACUCCUCCUACUGUGCAGAGCGACUGCGGAGGACUUUAGCCAAUGGAGAAAGAAGUGAGCCACCAUGCUGGGUUGAACUACAGUCUGUAGAGAACAAGAAGCCCAUUUCAGUAGCUGUGGGUCUGAUGGAUGGCAGAAGCAUCAGCCUCACUGUGGAUUCAGCCAGCACUUCUGCAGAAGUGUGCAGUGCGGUUAUCCAGAAAAUAAAGCUGCAGGACACUUACGGCUUCUCCCUAUACGCUGCAAUGUAUGAGAAGAUAUGGUCUCUUGGCAGUGGCAGUCAGCACGUCUUGGAUGCCGUGUCUAUGUGUGAGCAGGAAGAAAAGAGGCAGGGGAAAGAGGAACAACAUGCUCCUUGGCGCCUCUACUUUCGCAAAGAGAUCUUCACUCCAUGGCACAACUGUUCAUCUGACCAAGUCAGCACAGACCUCAUCUACAAGCAGACCAUCCACGGACUCAAAAGUGGUGAUUAUCAGUCUGAUAAGGAGGAUGAUUAUGUGCAGCUCGCAGCCAAACAUUACUAUGUACAGCAUGGCUCUGAAAGCAGUAUGCAAACCACAGAUAAGAUUGUCCGUGAGUGCAUGAACAUGACUUUAAUUGAGAACAAGUCUGUGGCCAAGCUAGUGCAGAUGGUGCAUUCUGCACACACACAGGGUUCUUACAUAAACUCUACUAAACCUGCCUUUGAAGUAAAAGCGGAGAUUGUCCAAUAUGCGCAGGAGAAGUGGCCAAUCUAUUUCUCCAAGUUAUAUGAAGCUCAAAUUGUUUCAGGUCCCUCAGUGCCUCAAGACAAGUUUGUAGUUGUUGUGAACUGGAAGGGGGUCUUCUUUCAGGAUGUGACAGAAGCUGCAUUUCUGCAGCUCUCUUAUCCUGAGGUGUCAGGAAUCGAAAUGAGUGAGGAAGAGUCUGGUGGGAUUGUGUGUUUGACGACUCCAAAGGGGAUGUAUGAGCUGCAGGUUGUGAAGGGAAAAGACUUAGUGGAGCUGGUCAACUUGUUCAUAUCAGGGCUUAAGAAGAGAUCACAGUAUGCUGUGGGAAUACAGGACCUUAUCAGACAAGAGGAUCCCACAUUGCUGAGCUACAGAAGAGGUGAUGUACUGUAUAUCAUAAAGGAUGGGGAGUAUUCUUCUGAAGAAGGCUGGAUCAAAGCGAAGAAUGAGAGGACAAAUCAAACUGGAGCAGUUUCCUUAGAUGCCAUUCGGAUUUUGCCAAUGUUGACCAGGCCAACAGAAGAGACACUGAAUUUGCUGAAUUUGACCCCUGCACGAAGAAAGUCAGUGAUGCCGGUGUUGCCGCAGAAAGAGGAGCUUAGCACAGAGAAAAUUGCUGUUGUGUCCCUUAAGGAGUUCUCUUUUGAUUAUUUCAGGGAGUCUAAAGAAGGUGGCCGUGGAAAAGGUGUGGCCAAAGAGAGACUGUGGGCCAACAGCAAAGAGCCUCUCAAACAGCCACUGCUCAGGAGCCUGCAGGGCAACUCAGAGCUCUGCCACCUCGCUUCUGACUGCUUCACAGCUAUCCUUAAAUAUAUGGGAGAUUAUCCAGUCAAGCAUGUGCGGACACCCAUAGAUCUAACAAACCAGAUCUUUGGGUCAGCAACAGCACACGUGGAACUAAGAGAUGAGAUCUACUGCCAAAUAAUGAAGCAGAUGACUAAUAACAACCAUGGGUUGAGUAUGGAGCGAGGUUGGCAGCUGUUGUGGCUAUGCUGUGGUCUCUUUCCUCCAAGUCAGUUGCUACUGAGACAUGCUCAACGUUUUCUGGAGUCCAGAACCAGAGAGCCUCUGGCGUCCACCUGCCUGCAGAGGAUGCAAACUAUGCUCAGUAUUGAGGGAAGGAAGUUGCCUCCUCACCAGGUGGAAGUGGACGCCAUUCAGAAUAACAGUACUCAGAUCUUCCAUAAAGUUCAUUUACCCAACGAUACAUCUGAAAUAUUUGAGGUGACCACCACCACAAGGAUCAAAGAUUUAUGCCGCAACAUUGCCAAAGACCUCCGGCUCUCUUCAUCAGAUGGAUACAGUCUGUUUGUUAAAACAUCGACGAAGGUAGUAAGUAUGGAUUCUAAAGAGUACUUUUUUGACAACCUCAGGCAACUCACAGAUGUCGUCAAAAAAGGAAAGAAAGUCAAGGAGGCUACUCCAGCUAUUGUCCCUUACCUGGUGCUCUUCAUGAGGAAGCUCUGGUUUAAUGUGAUCCCAGGAAAAGACCUAACUGCUGACCUAACCUUCCACUUUCCCCAGGAGCUGCCGAAGUAUUUGCGGGGUUACCAUAAUGUAUCUAAAGAGGAAAUGAUCAGUCUGGCAGGACUGCUGUUGCGUGUUCAGGUUGACACGAAUAAAUCACAGUUUGUCAUGAUCCCUAGAAUGCUGAAAGACCUGGUGCCAGCUGAUCAGCAGAAGAUCAUGACUCCUGAUGACUGGAAAAAGCACAUCAUCAACGCAUACAACAAACAGGCAGGCAUAACUGUAGAUGAAGCCAAACUCCAGUUCCUGAAGACGAUCUCACAGUGGCCUACCUUUGGAUGUGUUUUCUUCGAACAAACCUCAGAGAAGCGUUACCCCAGUGUUAUUACGCUAUCAAUCAGUAAGCAAGGAGUUAGUAUCAUCAACCCUAAGGCAAAGGAGGUGCUUGUGAUGCAUCCAUUCAGUAAGAUCACUUCCUGGUCUAGUGGAAACACCUAUUUUCACUUGACCAUUGGCAACCUGGUGCAGGGCAACACUCUGCUCUGUGAGACCUCUGUGGGUUAUAGAAUAAGUGAUCUCCUGUCCUCUUACAAGGACAUGUAUCUGAAUGAGAUACCAAGGGUGCGGAAAUCAAAGAGGAUCAACAUGUAGUACAAUUGUUUUUGUGGCAUUUCUUUUUUAGAUCUUUACCAUAAUGAUUGUACUAUGAAUUUGUUCAUGUAAUGUUUGGAGAAUUGCAUAAGUAAAAAAUUACAUUUAAUAAUCAUUAAAUUCAUCACAUUUUAAUAUGUAACAGUAACUAGUAUAGAUCUG